CUCGAUCGACUUUCGCCAAUCCCCACACGCAGCAAGCCUCACCAUUCUAUGUAUGACACCUCACCCAUCCAUCUGUGUAUGUUAAGGGCAUCACUUCUUGCCCAUCCGCGACGUCUCCACAGCCAGGGACGACUCGAAGAACCCCCGGGGCUGCGGCUGGUAUGAGUAGACGCCCUGGUGAGUGGCGGGCACCGGCGUGUAGACUCCGUUGUUGGCGGCCGGCAUGUACACGGGCAUGGUGAGGACAUUCUUGGUGCCGCCGGGGUAGAUGUUGAGCACAUUGGGGUGCGGGUGGCCGCGGCCGGGGUUGCGGGUGCGGGCCAUGGCUGCUGCUGCAUGGGGGUCGUGGUAGAUGUAGUGGGGCGGCUCUCCCUUGGCUGUCUGCUGCUCGGUGCAACACGAUCGCCAGAUGGACGGGGUGAGUGCCUGUCGCUUCUGGACUUGGAGAGGAGGGAUGUAGGGCGGCGUCGGGAUGUAGGGCGGCGUAGGGGGCGCACCGACCACACCACCACCACCAGACGAAUACAAGCUGGGCACGGCCUUGAUUGUCUUGGCCACCUCUAUAUCCGUCCCCGUCCUGUCCUCCAUCUCACCAACCACCGGUUUCUUCACCAUCCCCCCAACCUUGGCCAUGGGCGGCGCCUUCCCAGCACCACCAGCGCCACCACGUGCCUUGGGAGCCGCUGUCUUGGCAGGCACGACGGGAGGCAUAUUCGAUCGACCCCGUCUGCCCCGUGUCUCCGUCACCGCAGGCGGACCCGGUGCAGGCGCCUUGCCACGUGCACGUCGGGGAGGCAUAGCCGAGACAGCCCGCUGGGCCACUGGAGCAGCAGAGGCGGGUCGCUUGGGUGCAGCCGCCUUGACCGUGGCCUUGCUCACCGGCACAAUCGCCGCCGCCCCGCCCUUCUGCGUCACCGUCACCUGCAUGGUCUCCUUCGUCUGAUCAUCAGUACCACCACCAGUCCCUCCAGUGACCAGCUUGUGCUCCUGCAUGGGCGGGAACAUCUGCACCUGGCCGUAGGGAACAACAGAGGCAUAGGCAAGCGGCGGGGCCUUGGCCACAGGGCCGGGCAGGAGCGCCACUGGGGUGGCAGCAGGGCCGACACGGGUCACCAUACCGCCAUUGGCUGGCCCGACGGGGAAUGCUGCGGGGCCUGUCAUGGGCACGGGUGUGAACGGGGCCUGGUAGCGGAAGACCGGCGUGGUGGUUGGGCUGACGGCCUUGACCUGGUGGAUGCGGUCCAUCUCAGUGGGUGACGGUUCGCGCAUGAAGGGCCCGGCGGUUUUGAUACCAGGGUGGUGGGACUGGAGGUGGGGCGGUGGCGUGUAGGUGGGUACUGGCCCCCCGAAUGAGCGUGUGGCCGCCAGGUGGGCGGUGGUGGGCGAGGGCUUGAGCGUGGCGCUGCUUGGUGCAGGGCAGCACGCGAACAGAGAUGGGUGAGACGGUGGCCUGGAGGGUCGCCCGCUGCACAGAGACAGAGAGAGAGCAGAGAGUGUGUGUGUGUCUGUGUGCGUGUGUAUGCGGGAUGGUCAAACCGUAUGCCGAUGUCCCCAACAGGUUGGUUGCCACUCAGAACGUUCUCAAGGAACUAACAGAGACACACAUACACACGGCAGAAGUGAGGGCAAGCUCCCUCGUCCGCCUGUAUGCUUCAUCCAGCCGUCAGCAGCUGACCUUGUUUUGCGCUUUGAGCCUCCUGACUUCGGCAUCCGACACUUUGGCGGCCUCAGACACCUCCUGAUGAGACACAAGCCACGCACAGGGGGGAGAUGUGAAUGUUGCUGAGUCGGAGGGAUGCGUCGGUGUAAGCUGCUCACGCCCAGGUUGCGGGCCAGGUUGUCACGGGAGGCGAUGAGGGCUUCGUUGCGUCGACGGAUGGCCACCAACUCCUGAUGCACACACACACAAACGGCUUCAUCCCUGCCCCUUCCGUCACUCCCUCCCUGCUGCCGUCCACUCCGCUGACCCCGACGAGCGCCUGGUACUCGUGCACGUCCACGACCUUCAUCGAAUCCUCCUUCCCCUCCUUGUACACGUAACGCGGGUACUGACCACCGCCCUCCUUCACAUCACCACCCUCAACGCCCUCUUUCUUCGUAAUGACUGCCUUGGCCACGCCCUUCUUGCCGCCCCCUGUGGCCUUGCCCUUCUUCGCUGCCGCCCUGGCCGGGGACUUGGCACGGGAGGGCUUCUUGUCCCUGGCACCACCCUUGGCUUUGGCCUUCUUGGCCUUCUGGGGCUGUUUGACCCACUUCGUCAGGUCCUUGCCGCCCUCCAUGUCUCGGUUGUGGUCUAUCGGGGUGACCUGCGGGUCGGUUGCAGCUCUCGUCUUGACCUUCUUGGGCCCGGUUUCCUCACGCGCCACGACAUGCAGAGGGAGAGUGAGCAGCAGCGGGUCGCUGUCAGAGUGGAUUAUCAGAGUGGGCCGCUGAUGAACCUCAACCUCUCCGCGCUUGUCCUGUGCACUCUUCUUGGAGGGGGGCUCCUUUCGCACCUGCCGCUUCCUGCCGCUGGGGGUCUUGCUGACAGGCGUGGUGGCGAUGGGGGUGCUGCGAAUCUGCUUGAUGUCGUCAGAGGAUAGGCUCCUGUUGCUGCUGUAGAGGGCCCUCGCUCGGGCCGUGUCUUCGACCUCCUCUAGCACCGGUUGGAGGAGGUUGCCGCCCACAAACACCGGGAAAGCCUCGUAUGCACUCGACUUGCGGCGCGGUUCCUCUCGUUGGGGGAGAGGUCCGGCUGAUAACAGCUGUUGGUCUUGGGGGACACUCACGGUGUCAUGUGACAUACGUUGGCGCCUUCAACGACACGAGAAAACAAGAGAAACUUUCAAC